AUGUUGAGGUUUAGCAGCAAGGGUUUACAGACGAUAGCUAGAAGCAGUCGGGUAUGUUGUGCUCCAUCGAGAUUAGCGGUACCAUUAACGACAAUGAGGUGGCAGAGUAACCCCUCUCAUGCUGCCAGUGGCACUGGUAGCGUCAACGAAUCCUUGAGUGAUGAAAAAGUGGAUGAGUGGUUAGAAGCUAUUAAAUCGUUAAAGGCAGAGUUUUCAGAGCAGGAAUUUUUACCAGAGACUUCUUUAGCACCACCUGGACAGUCAAGAAUUGACAUGUCCCAACAGAUUUCAUCAUUGGAAACCAAAUUUGAACCUUCACCUGAACAAAUCGAAGAAGUAGAAAGACUGAAGACAACACCAUUACCAGAACGUAGAGAUCCAGUUGUGGAACAUGUGGUUAAUAUGAUUAUGAGACAUGGUAAAAAGCAAAGAGCAGAAACGAUUCUAUCAAGAGCUCUUUAUUUGGUGUUCUGUCAAACUCGUCAAGAUCCAGUGGAAGUAUUAAAAAAGUCGUUGGAUGAUUUAGCACCAUUAAUGGUGGUCAAAACAUUUAAUACAGGUGUUGCUAAAGCCGCGGUGAUACCUGUGCCACUAAAUCAAAGGCAAAGAAAUCGUAUAGCAUGGAAAUGGAUUGUGGAAGGUGCCGACAAACGUACUUCUUGUGACUUUUCCGUUCGCCUUGGUGAAGAACUAGUAGCUGUCUACAGAGGUAAAUCUACUGGAUUUGACAAAAGAGACCAAAUGCAUAAGACUGCAAUCACACACAGAGCUUAUAUCAAACUAAAAUGA